GGGGCAGGGUACUUGAUUGAGUAUUGUAUACAUACAGUAUUUUAAUACGUACCACUUACACAUUCAAUCUCUAUAUAAGUCCACAGUUUUUGGUCUCUGCAUAAAACUCAUUUUACUUCAUUGGCUUUUUCCACGAGUAGAACAACUACUUAACAACAGAGAAUGGGUAACUUAUUGUGCUGUGUACAAGUGGACCAAUCAAAAGUUGCUAUUAGGGAAAGAUUUGGCAAGUUUGAUGACGUUCUUCAACCAGGAUGCCAUUGCCUACCAUGGUUUCUUGGUAGCCAGAUAGCUGGUCAUCUCACCCUUAGGGUUCAGCAGCUGGAUGUGAAAUGUGAGACCAAGACAAAGGAUAAUGUAUUUGUGAAUGUUGUUGCGUCUAUCCAAUAUCGAGCUUUAGCAGAGAAGGCGAAUGAUGCAUUCUACAAACUGAGCAAUACAAGGGGCCAAAUCCAAGCCUAUGUUUUUGAUGUAAUCAGAGCUAGUGUUCCAAAGCUCCUUUUGGAUGACGUUUUCGAGCAAAAGAAUGAUAUUGCUAAAGCUGUUGAAGAAGAACUUGAAAAGGCUAUGUCUGCUUAUGGAUAUGAGAUUGUUCAAACCCUCAUUGUUGAUAUAGAACCAGAUGAGCACGUGAAGCGGGCAAUGAAUGAAAUCAAUGCUGCUGCAAGGCUUCGGUUGGCAGCAACCGAAAAGGCAGAGGCUGAGAAAAUUUUACAGAUAAAGAGAGCAGAGGGUGAGGCUGAAUCUAAAUACCUCUCUGGACUGGGUAUUGCUCGUCAGCGUCAAGCAAUCGUUGAUGGGCUCAGAGACAGUGUAAUAGGUUUCUCAGUUAACGUUCCUGGGACUACUGCGAAAGACGUUAUGGACAUGGUUUUGGUAACACAAUACUUCGACACGAUGAAGGAAAUUGGUGCAGCCUCUAAAUCCUCUGCAGUGUUUAUCCCUCAUGGUCCUGGUGCUGUUCGUGACGUGGCCACUCAAAUUCGUGAUGGUCUACUUCAGGGCUCUUCUGCUCACAUGCCAUGAAUGAUGACUUAGUUUCCCAGCUCUACUUGCCUUUGACCUCAAACUACAACAAGCGAUCCCUCUUUUUUAUAGUAGUACUUAAAAUGCGGUGUGUCUAUAUUCACGUUUCCUUUCGGCAACACUUGGCAUUUUGUUACCUUUAGAUGCGCAGUAUGUAUAUCCUAUGUUUGCAUUUGGGAUUAAUCGUGUGACUGGAACUACUGAUUAAGUAAUGUGGAUUGGUUUAUUAGAGUUUAUAAAUCUGCUUACUUGUAAAAUAGUGCUCAAGUAUCUAAAUAAUAAGUAUGUGCUAGAACUUCAUAUC